CGGAACCAAGGUGCGGCAGGUCUGUAGAUAUUAGGACAGAGAUAACCGGGACACCAGCUGGAUACAUGUGAGUUUGGUGCAGGUCCUGGUCGUCAGGUGUGUCAGGUGCGGUCAGUGUGUGUUGCCAUGGCGAUGCGGCGGCUGUACGUGGGCGGGCUGAGUGACUCCGUCACGCAGAAGGACCUGAAGGAUCGCUUCGGCAAGUUCGGAGAGGUGGAGGAGGUGGAGCUGCUCACCAGGAGGGACGAGCAGGGAGUCCCCUACAAGACGUUCGGCUACAUCAACAUCAACAUCUCCGACUCGGACCUGAAGAAAUGUCUCACGGUGCUGAACAAGUCCCGGUGGAAAGGAGGAACCCUGCAGAUCGAAGCAGCCAAGGAGAGCUUCCUGCACAGGCUGGCUCAGGAGCGGCAGGCGGCCCGGCUCAGCGAGCAGCCGGCCGCCCAGCAGCAGGAGAAGCUGCUGGACACGCUGAGGGCCGUCGGCGUGGAGAACUUCCACAUGAAGGCAGCCGUCCCAGGAACUGAGGUCCCAGGACACAAGAACUGGGUGGUGAGUAAGUUCGGCCGCGUGCUGCCGGUGCUGCAGCUGCGCGGCCCGCGAGGCGGCAGGACGAUGAAGUACGACCCGUCCAAACACAGCCACAACAUCCGCCGGCUGGCCCCGCCCACCGAGGCCCCGCCCACGCCCGUCAGCCGGCUGACCUGGGAGCUGCGGGGAGGCGACGAUGACAUCAGCAAGCGCCGGCGGGGCGAGUUCCCGCCGUGCCGACCCUGGAGGCCCAAGAGGAGCCGCACGGAGGCGGGCGGCUCCCAUGAUGCCGAGGGCAGACCUGAUUGGACGGAGCGUCGCUGUGACGGCGUGCGGCUGACAAACGGCGUGCGGCGGGCCGAGGGGGCGGCGCCGCCGCGGCUCGACAGCGACCUCGACUCCGACGAGGAGAUCCGCCGGCUGGUGGCGGCUCAGCAGAUCUCCCAGAAUGCACCGGGGCAGGAGGAGGAGGAGCUGGAGGUGGUCGGAGACGACUUCCUGCCGGCGUCCGGGCGCCGCCGCCCGCGGCAGAGAGGUCGUCAUGGCGACGAAGACGAGGAAGACUACGACUCCGCCGACACCGACGAGCUCCUCGCCGCCAGGAAACCUGCGGAGCCGCACAGAGAGGAUUCUGGGAAACGGAGCCUGCAGACGCAGCAGAACGGGACAGAGGUGGAGGCUGAGAGAGGACAGAAGAAGAAGAAGAAGGUCCUCCCGGUCGCUGACCCCCCCUCCUCUGAGUCAGACGGUGAUGAUGAUGAUGAUGAUGAUGAUGAUGAUGAUGAAGAGCUGCAGUCAGCUGACUCUGGAUCAGAUUAUGAGGCCUUGUUCUCAAACUGCACCCGGCUGGAGAUCUCUCUGUCCGACCUGCGGCGGCUCGCCCAAAACUCGCCGCAGGACGACCCCGCUCACGUCUCCGGAACUACAACUCCCAGCAUCCUCGGCGCCCCCAAACCAGGAAGUAGCGCCGCCUCGUCCGGGCCUGAAAAAGCUUCGGUUUGUGGUAAAAGCCCAGAGCCGCCGGCCGCUAAGAGAGGCACGACGCCCGAGGAGAUCCUCGCCGCCAUCUUGGAGAUGGACAGCGACGAUGACGAACAGCAGAAGAAGAAGAAGAGGAGGAAGAGGAAGGUCAAAGUGUCGACGCCUCUUCCUGCUUUCCGGGGGACCGGUCAGCUGACGGACCGAGCGGGAGGAGACGAGCGGGACGAAGAGGAGGAGGAGGACGAGGGGAGGAGUGUCUCUAAAAAACAGAAGCUGGACACAAAACCACAGAAGAAGACUGCACAGAGCAGCGAGGAAGAGGAGGAGGAGGAGGAAGACCCUGCCAAAGCUGCCAGCCGGACGCCCACAGGAGCUGAGACUGACUCCGCCUCCAGCGAGGAGGAGGAGGAGGAGGAGGAGGAGGAAGAGGAGGAAGAGGAGGAGGAGGAGGAGGUGACGGCCCGCACCCGGGAGCAGCCAAACACAGCAUCUUCCUCCUCCUCCUGCUGCUGCUCCUCCUCCAGUGAGGAAGAGGAGCAGGAGGAGGAGGAGCAGCAGGAGGAGCAGCAGGAGGCUCGGGGCAGGGCAGCGCCUGCAGGUGAGGAGGAGGCGGAGCUACAGAGGAAGGCCAACCUGCGGCGCCUGGCGGCCGUGGAGCAGAGACAGAAAGAGGCGGAGCUUCACAGGAAACUGAUCCAGGGAGCCCUGAGCCAGCUGGACGCUCCAGCAGCAGGAUCUGGUAAACACAUCGUCUUCGGCUCUGAUGAAGAUGAAGAUGAAGAUGAAGAUGAAGAUGGUGAUGAAGACAAGAGGCAGACCACCUCAGGGGUCACGACCUCUGAGAAAACCCUGUUUCAGGACAGCCAAUCAGACGAGGAGGCCUCGGGUGAGGAGGCAGCACCGGCCAAUCAGAGGGUAGGACAGAGCCUCAGCACUGGCUCUCAGCUGUUCGGCAGUGAGGAUGAGGACGGAGGUGAUGAAGACGACAGCAGCAGGUUUCAGAUCAAACUUCAGUACGAAGGCAAAGCUGGACACAAGCUGAUGGAGCUGCAGUCUCGCUUCGGGACAGACGAGCGUUUCAGGAUGGACUCUCGCUUCCUGGAGAGAGAUGAAGACGAGGAGGAGGAGGCCUCAGAGAGCAAGAGGAGGGAGGAGGAGGAUGAUGAAGGUCUGGAGGAGGAGAGGAGGAAGAACCUGUCCAUCCUGCAGAGCGUCCUGGGCAGCAGCACACACACACCAACACACACACAGAGGGCCAGGACAUUCAGGGAUGUGUCAGCGCUGCACUACGACCCCAGCAGAGAGGAACACGCCGCGUUCGAAACCAAACCUGAAGACACCAAGAAGGAAAGUAAGGCGAGCAGGAAGAAGAAGAGGGAGGAGGCGGAGAAACUUCCAGAGGUUUCCAAGGAGAUCUACUACGACGUGUCCGGCGACCUGAAGGCCGUGUUUGGCUCGGCUCAGACGGAGGACAAGGGAGAGAACAAGCUGAGCUGGGACCAGGAGGAGGCCGAGGAGGCCGAGGAGGAGGAGGAGGAGGAGGAGGAGGAAGAAGGACAGAGGGAGGAGGAGCAGACCUCACUGCCGGCUGGUCCCAGCACAGCCACAGAGCAGCCGUCAGGAUUCAAAUUCUCUUUCUUCGGAGACGAGACGGAGACGGGAGGCGAGGAGACAGCCGAGUACCGGGUGGAGACCAUCCAGGGGCCCCGGGUGUCAUGGCAACGAGACCCGCGUUUCCAUGACAGCAGCUCGGAGGAGGAAGAGGAGGAAGAGGAAGAUGACAGGGAGGAAGAGAAAGAGCAGAGCAGCGGCGACAAAACCACAGAAGAGAAGUCUCCAUUGAAGAGAGAUCUCUUCUUCUUCUAUCCUGAGGACAACAGACUGACAGAGGGUCCCAGGCUGUUCUGUCGCUCCUCCCAGCUGGAGGAGCAGAGGGAGCAGUGGGAGGAGAGGAGGAGCGCGCUCAGACAGGAAUACAGGAAGAAGCACAAGGACGCCAAGAGGAAGCUGAAGAGCCUCCAGAGGAGCUGAGGAUUCUGGGAAGUGGAGUCCUGACUUGACAUUCAGGAAUAUACGCGUCUCUUUCACAAGCCACCAUUUUGUGCCUGUAACUGAACGCAGCCGCUAGCUAGCUGGAAGGACACAAAAUGGCCGCCGAGGAGCCGAGUGACACGAAGAGAAAAUCCUGAACGUGAAAAGUGUUUUGUUUUUAUUUAAAGCUCCUGUGUGUUCAGAUUAAUCCUGUAAUCUGAUCUAAUCUGGGCAGAUUCCAGUUUUCUCAUCACGUCAGCACGAACCUUCAUCUUUUCAUCUUUUCAUCAGAAAGUGCAAAAAUAAAGGCAGAUAUGUUUCUGUUUGUUUGGACAUGAAAAUGAUUUGAAUUAUUCAGAGCAAAAGGAUUAAAAAGAAGAAGGAAUAAGAAUCAUCACAGUGACGAGGUCAGAGGUCACAUGACCCUGGCUGAGGAGGUCAGAGGUCACAUGACCCUGGCUGAGGAGGUCAGAGGUCACAUGACCCUGGCUGAGGAGGUCACAUGACCCUGGCUGAGGAGGUCAGAGGUCACAUGACCCUGGCUGAGGAGGUCAGAGGUCACAUGACCCUGGCUGAGGAGGUCACAUGACCCUGGCUGAGGAGGUCAGAGGUCACAUGACCCUGGCUGAGGAGGUCACAUGACCCUGGCUGCCGAGGCGGGAGGUUUGGGUGGUCCCGCUGUGGCCUGGACACUCUGGGGGGAAGCAGCAGGUCCAGACUCUUCAGGGUUUUGAUGGCAGUAAAAUCUGAAAUCAGCCGUCAGACUGAUCAGCUGAUGGGCUCAGAGUCAGAACCUGAAGCUGAAGCGCUCUGACCCGAACCCGAGACGAUCAAUAGAGACGAUCAAUAAAGACGAUCAAUAAAGUUGUUUGAGUUGAA